CUCCGUAAUGUGCAGUGUGGAAUCUGCAAGCACUAGGAUGAUUGAGAACCGGGUCGAACUGGGUUUUGCAGUUCUUGCAAGUUCGUAGGGUCUUGGCGUCGUUUCUAGGGCUUAACGAGCAACUAAUCGACAUCCCACAAAUGAUCGGCGACCCAGAUCCGAGCAUCGGGAUAUGGCAUCUCCGGCGAAUCAGAGGACCAGUGGACGACAAAAUUACCCGAGGAGAAGGCGAUGUGGCGAGUCCCACGCACAGGGAACGCGUGGAGGAAGCCAUCGUUUCCAUCUGAAAUGUCUGUCCAGCUUACUACUGCCGGUUCAUUUUCUGGAGAAAAUGUCUUUGCAUUUACCAAAAUACCCUGCUCAUCCUCCUGUCCUGUUGGCCCCAAAUCCACCAAGAUCCGGAAAGAAUUUGGAAUCGAAUCCCGUCCCGAGGACAAGAAUAAUGGCGAAUGACGAACCCAGCACUGCACCGGAGCCUGAUCGCUGGUAUGACCUAACCCUAGGCCCCUCCUUCAAAGAUCAGUCCAAGUUCUGUACCCUCCGCUAUGAAUUCAAGCCGGCUUCCAUUGAUAAGAGCCAGCCAGGAGUGCUCCACAAGGAUGGCAACAAAGGGGUGACAGUGGAGUACAACAACAACCAACCUGGGAAACCCAAGCUCAUCUUCCAGGGUGUGAGCGACGAGGAUUACAAAGAGAACGACGCCGUGCUCUUCUUCGAUGGCCAUUCCUUCCGCCUCGAACGCCUCCAUCGCGCCGUCAAGCGCUUGAAACAUGUCCGGCUUCCCGGCGGCGAGGCGUUGGCGGCUACUCCUCCGUCUGCAGAUCAUAAAGGAGCCAACUUCAAAGGGGUUUCUCAACAAAUGCCGGUUCAGAUGAUGGAACAUAUGAUUACUAGUUGGCAGACGCUAGCUUCUGAACAAGAAGAAGAAAGUAGUGGGAAUGACUUUUGUCUUCUUCCUCCAAAUUCAUCAGCCUCAUCGCCACCACAUCGGAAAAAGAACAGAGGUGGAGAGAUCAUGGAUACAAUGCUUGACUGCGGAUCUGAAGAAGACAUAGACAUAGUCAAUGGUGAUGAUGAUAACAACAAUGAUUCUGAGACAUCCAACAAAAACAAUGCAAGUGGAAUGAGGGCACAUGCGCUUCUGGACAUUGAUAUAAACUUGCCACAACAAGCUGAAACGGACGAUGAGAUUGCUGAAGUCGAUAUAAGCGAUGAUGACGAUGAUGAGGGAAAGGGCCCUAAUGCAGCAGAAGCCCUCAAGGCUCAGGUGGGUGCACAAGACAGGAAGGACGAUGUUGAUGAUGAUUGUCAAUCUUCUAGCUCCGGCACUAGCAGUGAUAGUGACAGUAGCGGAAGUGAACGAGGAAGCAGUAGUAGCAGUCACACGGAGACCACCAGUGAAGGCAAAAACUCCCCAUCAGAGUGAAGAAGUGAUGGUACUUUGUAGUUGUUAGAUUAGGACUUUUGUGUAAAUUAAGAAUGUAAAAUAGGUGCAGAAAUGAGAACCAUUAGAAUUUAUUCUCUGUUGUGCAAGAUUAGUCAGGAGUUCAGAAGAUCAGUUUAGUUGUUGAAGUAAUGCUGUUGACUGUUGUAGGUAGAAGAUCAGGGCCAGGAGCCUUUGAGGGGUCCAUUGAGAAGAGGGCAGUUCUAAUUUCAGCAUCAGUAACCGACUCACAUAGCAUUACUAAUCUCUGUUUCAUUCAAUUGUUUUGUCACACAAGCUGCAAUGUCAAUGAACUGGGGAGCAAUGUCUUUAUUAGCU